CGAUGGCCGGUCCCCAGCAGGGGCGGGGCGUAUACGUCAGCACGCCUGCCCUCCUCGUAGUCCAGCUGGGGGAAGGCCGACCUGAGUGCUUGGGCUGGCGCCGGUCCCGGGAAGGGCUGCAGGAGCCCUGUCGACUGCGCCUGCGCAGAUUUAUUUACUUGCCCAACUACCAUUGCUGAAGAUAUGUUGGAGUAUUGCUGAAACUGCCUUUUAUUGGCCAGAAGACAGUCCAUUUGUUUCACUUUUUUUUGUUUCCCCUACUGCUUUGAGCUUUACUGUAAUGGCUGAAAAACUUGGAAAAUAAAAUGAACAUGCUGUGGUCUUGAACAUAAUUUUUUUGAGGAAAAAUUAAAGUGCCAGAGUGAAAGCCAGAUGGCAUCCAGAGAGAGGCUCUUUGAACUUUGGAUGCUUUAUUGUACAAAGAAAGAUCCAGAUUACCUGAAGCUAUGGUUGGACAAUUUUGUUUCUAGCUAUGAACAAUUCUUAGAUGUUGACUUUGAAAAGCUGCCUACAAGGGUGGAUGAUGUGCCUCCAGGAAUAUCUCUGCUUCCUGAUAAUAUUCUGCAGGUUCUGAGGAUCCAGUUGCUACAGUGUGUUCAAAAAAUGGCGGAUGGGUUAGAAGAACAACAACAAGCCUUGUCAAUUUUGCUUGUCAAGUUCUUCAUUAUUCUUUGCAGAAAUCUAUCAAAUGUGGAAGAAAUUGGGACUUGCUCAUACAUUAAUCAUGUCAUCACCAUGACAACACUCUAUAUUCAGCAAUUAAAAAGCAAAAAAAAAGAGAAAGAAAUGGCAGAUCAGACAUCUAUUGAAGAAUUUGUGAUUCAUGCAUUGGCAUUUUGUGAAAGUUUAUAUGAUCCAUAUCGGAAUUGGAGACAUAGAAUUUCAGGGCGAAUCCUUAGUACUGUGGAAAAGAGCAGACAGAAAUAUAAACCAGCUUCUCUCACAGUGGAGUUCAUCCCUUUCUUUUAUCAAUGUUUUCAGGAAAGUGAACAUCUCAAGGAAAGUCUUAAGUGUUGCUUAUUGCAUCUUUUUGGAGCCAUUGUAGCCGGUGGGCAGAGGAAUGCUUUGCAAGCAAUUUCUCCAGCCACCAUGGAAGUUCUUAUGCGAGUUUUAGCAGAUUGUGAUUCUUGGGAGGAUGGAGAUCCUGAAGAAGUGGGUAGGAAGGUAGAACUAACUCUCAAGUGCCUUACCGAAGUGGUACAUAUCCUUCUCAGUAGCAGCUCUGACCAGCGUCAAGUGGAAACCAGCACUAUUCUGGAGAACUAUUUUAAAUUGCUAAAUUCAGAUCAUUCAGCUUUACCUAAUCAAAGAAGGUCCAGACAGUGGGAAAGCCGAUUCAUAGCUCUACAGAUCAAAAUGCUGAAUACCAUCACAGCCAUGUUAGAUUGCACAGACAGGCCUGUUCUUCAGGCUAUUUUUCUGAACAGUAAUUGUUUUGAACAUCUCUUGCGACUGCUACAGAACUGCAAGGCAUUUCAGGGACAGUUGGAUUGUUUGGCUGUAUCAACCAUUCAGGCUUUGACAGCAGUAAUGAACAAGUCUCCAGCUGCUAAGGAAGUAUUUAAAGAAAGAAUUGGUUACACACAUAUGUUUGAAGUAUUAAAAUCCCUGGGUCAGCCACCACUGGAACUACUUAAAGAACUUAUGAAUAUGGCUGUAGAGGGUGACCACACUUCGGUUGGGAUUUUGGGCAUUAGUAAUGUCCAGCCUCUAUUGCUUCUUAUUCAGUGGCUUCCAGAACUAGAAUCCCAUGACCUGCAAAUCUUCAUCUCUGAUUGGCUGAAAAGAAUUUGUUGUCUUAAUAGGCAGAGUCGGACUAUUUGUGUCAAUGCAAACAUGGGAAUUAGAAUCAUUGAAACACUUGACUCCCAUUCUUCCCUCCAUCGAACUUGUGCUGAGAAUUUGAUUGCAAUCCAUGGUUCCUUGGGGAGUCAGUCAGUGAGCUCAGAAGAAAUCCGUCUACUACUACGAUUGCUGAGAGUGGAUGAAUCUGAGUAUACUCACCCUUACAUCACUCCUGUGACUCGAGCAAUCCUGACAAUGGCCCGAAAACUAAGUCUAGAGAGUGCACUGCAGUAUUUUAAUUUGUCACAUAGUAUGGCAGGAAUUUCUGUGCCUCCUAUACAGAAAUGGCCAGGGUCUGCCUUUUCUUUUAGUGCUUGGUUUUGCUUAGAUCAGGAUCAGCUGUCUCUUGGCAUUGCUAACAAAGGAGGAAAAAGAAAACAAUUAUACAGCUUUUUUACAGGAAGUGGCAUGGGUUUUGAAGCUUUUAUUACCCAUUCAGGUAUGUUGGUUGUAGCAGUGUGCACAAAAAGAGAAUAUGCAACAGUUAUGCUUCCUGACUACAGUUUCUGUGAUUCCCUCUGGCACAACAUAACCAUUGUUCACAUGCCUGGAAAAAGGCCCUUUGGUCAGAGCCUUGUCUAUAUCUAUGACAAUGGACAACAGAAGGUGUCUGCACCUCUCAGAUUUCCUGCCAUGAAUGAACCUUUUACUUCAUGUUGUAUUGGUUCAGCUGGACAAAGAACCACCACUCCUCCACCAUCCCAAAUCCCAGAUCCACCUUUUUCUUCUCCCAUUACCCCUCAUCGGACAUCAUUUGGAGGAAUUCUUUCAUCAGCCUCCUGGGGAGGAACAACUGAAAAAUCAAAAUUGAUUACCAAAUUGAUAUCAGCUGGAACCCAAGACAGUGAAUGGGGAUGUCCCACGUCUCUGGAGGGUCAGCUAGGGUCUGUUAUCAUCUUCUAUGAAGCACUACAGCCUUCUCUGGUAAAGGCAUUAUAUUUAGCAGGUCCAAAUUGUUUAAGCCCUUGGAAAUACCAAGAAUCUGAUGUGGCUGACCUGCCUUGUAAUGUCCUUCUUCACUAUACUGCAAAGGCCUGCAAAAAUUCAAUCUGUCUUGAUUUGUCUACUAAUUGUUUGCAUGGAAGAUUAACAGGAAACAAAGUAGUAAACUGGGACAUUAAGGACAUCAUAAACUGCAUAGGUGGAUUAAAUGUACUCUUUCCUUUAUUGGAACAAAUCAGCCACUUGAGUGAAGGACAGAUUCCUGAAGAAAUGAAUGAAAGCACAGUUUCUGAAUUGAUAACACCUAUGGAAGGAGAGUGUGUGGUAUUGACCUCCACAAAGGCAUCAGAGUCAAGACUAGAGAGAAACCUAGUUGCAACAUUCAUCUUGAUUGUGAAACAUUUUAUUCAGAGACAUCCUAUCAACCAGGACAAUCUUAUUCACUCCCAUGGAGUUGUGAUUCUUGGUGCCUUACUUCAGAAGGUGCCAAGCACCUUGAUGGAUGUUAGUGUAUUGAUGGCAGUUCAAUUACUAAUUGAACAGGUAUCAUUUGAGAAAAAUAUGCAGCUCUUGCAACAAAUGUAUCAAUAUUUACUCUUUGAUUUCCGUAUUUGGAACCGUGGUGAUUUUCCCUUUCGAAUUGGUCACAUACAGUAUCUUUCUACCAUCAUUAAAGACAGCAGGAGAGCCUUCCGAAAGAAGUAUGGUGUGCAGUUUCUCCUAGAUACACUUAGGAUUUAUUAUGGGAGUGGUUGUAAAUAUAAUGAGCUAUCUCUAGAUGAUAUUCGAACAAUAAGGACUUCUUUGUAUGGACUAAUUAAAUAUUUUCUGUGCAAAGGUGGAACUCAUGAAGAGAUACAAAGUAUUAUGGGUUACAUAGCUGCUACUAAUGAAGAAGACCAGCUCUUUGGAAUUUUGGAUGUACUCUUCAGUCUCCUACGUACCAGCCCAACUAGAGGGCAGCUUUUCUUACUGCUGUUUGAACCAGGAAAUGCUGACAUACUUUAUGCCUUGCUUUUAAAUCAGAAGUACUCUGACAGACUAAGAGAAAUCAUUUUUAAGAUUAUGGAACAAAUGUUGAAAUGCACAAACGUUUAUGAACGUAGUAAACAACGUAUUCGACUCAGAGAAGUUGGCUACUCAGGAUUGGGACUCCUUCUUAAUGAAGCACUUGUUAAUAUUUCUCUCAUUAAAAACCUCACCAACCAAAUCAUAAAUACAGGUAUGACUAAGAUUUUACAGAUUUUGCAGUCCCAGCCAGAUGCAGCACAUCAAAUAUCACAACAAGUCGGUUGGCAAGACACCUUAAUUAGGCUUUUUUUAAAAGCAAAUUUUGAAAAUGGAAAUACUCUUCAUAAUCACAGUAGGGCUGCUUUAAUGAAAGACAAUGAUAAAAACAUAUCAACUGAAGAUUUUAAGAAGAACUUCGAUGAAAAGACAGAUGAGGAAAAGACUAACUCUCUUGCCUCAGCUAAUGUGUCUUUAGAUCAGUGGAGUUUGGAAGACAGACACUCUUUAGACUCAAACACACUGUUAUUUCAAGAAGAUAGCUCUGUAGGAGAAUUGUCUUUCAAAUCAGAGAAUCAAGAAGAAUUCUGGCAUAGUAACCCUUCACAUUUGAGUUUAGAUCUCAGUGGAAUUGACUCAUGUGAAAUGAGUGAUAGUGGAAAUCAAAUGCCAGACAGCCUGCCUAGUACGCCAUCCCCAGUAGAGUCUAGUAAGUCAUUUUCCAUGCAGUCUGACAAAGAAAGCAGCAUCACAAAUGAUAUGGGCUUUAUUGAUGACUUCUCUUUACUUGAAAGCCAAGAGAGAUGUGAAGAGGAACUUCUUCAAUUACUGACAAAUAUUUUGAAUCAUGUAAUGUGUAAGGGACUGGAAAAGUCUGAUGAUGAUACUUGGAUUGAACGAGGACAAGUAUUUUCAGCACUGACUAAGCCAGGAAUAUCUAGUGAGCUACUUCGACCAUCAGAUGAAAUAAAACUAACUUUGCUACAGAAGAUGUUAGAAUGGGCAGUCACAGAAAACAGAGAAGCAAAAACUAACCCAGUAACUGCUGAAAAUGGCUUCCGACUCAUGCUGAUCAUACAAGACUUUCUGCAAUCCGAGGGACUAGUUAACUCAAAUAUGUGGACUGAGAAGCUUUUAGAGGAUCUGAUGCUGCUCUUUGACUGUCUGUCAGUUUGGUAUUCUGAAAGUCCAGUAUGGGUAAAACUCUCUCAAAUUCAGAUCCAGUUGCUUCUUGGAUUCAUUGGAAGGGGUAAUUUGCAGGUCUGUGCAAUGGCAUCAGCUAAGCUAAACACCCUUCUUCAGACAAAAGUGAUUGAAAAUCAGAAUGAAGCAUGUUACAUUUUAGGAAAGCUGGAACAUGUUCUAAGUCAAUCAAUCAAGCAACAGACUGAAAUCUACUCAUUUCUGAUUCCCCUUGUUCGUACCCUGGUUUCCAAAAUUUAUGAGCUUCUCUUCAUGAAUUUGCACCUGCCUUCUUUACCUUUUACCAAUGGUAGCUCUUCAUUUUUUGAAGAUUUUCAAGAAUAUUGUAGUUCAAAUGAAUGGCAAGUUUACAUUGAAAAAUAUAUUGUACCGUAUAUGAAGCAGUAUGAAACUCAUACAUUUUAUGAAGGUCAUGAGAACAUGGCACUUUAUUGGAAGGAUUGUUAUGAAGCCUUAAUGGUGAAUAUGCAUAAACGAGACCGAGAAGGAGGGGAAAGCAAGCUCAAAUUUCAGGAGACAUUUGUGGAGCCAUUUAAUCGAAAAGCACGCCAAGAGAACCUGAGAUAUAAUAAUAUGCUUAAACAACUUAGCAGCCAACAGUUAGCCACUCUUAGACACUGGAAGGCAAUACAGCUCUAUCUUACAUGUGAAAGGGGACCUUGGGCUGAAAGGAAACAGAACCCAAUUCACUGGAAACUAGCUAAUGUAGAAAAUUAUUCCCGCAUGAGACUUAAACUGGUGCCGAAUUAUAAUUUCAAAACCCAUGAGGAAGCUAGCGCCUUGAGAGAUAAUCUAGGUAUCCAACAUUCACAGCCUUCCAGUGACUCAUUGCUUUUGGAAGUAGUGAAACAAGUAAAAGUUAAUGAUAUGGAGGAGGAUAAAUUGGACCUUCCUGAAGAGGACAUAACAGCCAGAGUAAAUAUUGAUGAAAAAGAACAAGAUCAAAAAGAAAAAUUGAUAUUGAUGGAAGACUGUGAACUCAUUACAAUAAUUGAUGUAAUUCCUGGCAGAUUAGAAAUCACUACUCAACAUAUUUACUUCUAUGAUGGCAGCAUUGAAAAAGAAGAUGGAGUAGGCUUUGAUUUCAAGUGGCCUCAUUCUCAAGUUCGAGAGAUUCACCUACGGCGUUACAACUUAAGGAGAUCAGCCCUUGAGAUUUUUCAUGUUGACCAAUCCAACUACUUUCUCAAUUUUAAAAAGGAGGUUAGAAACAAAGUAUAUAGCAGACUGUUGUCACUUCAUUCUCCAAAUAGUUACGGAAGCAGAUCACCACAGGAGUUAUUCAAGACAUCAGGAUUGACACAGAAAUGGGUGAAUAGAGAGAUAUCAAAUUUUGACUAUCUCAUUCAAAUAAAUACAAUGGCAGGAAGAACCUAUAAUGACCUUGCACAGUAUCCUGUGUUUCCCUGGAUUUUACAAGAUUAUACUUCAGAAGAGUUGGAUCUUAAUAACCCUGCUGUAUUUCGAGAUCUUUCCAAACCAAUUGGGGUAGUUAAUGAUAAAAAUGCCAAAGCUAUGCGAGAAAAAUAUGAAAAUUUUGAGGAUCCUAUGGGAACUAUUGAUAAGUUUCAUUAUGGUACUCACUAUUCAAAUUCUGCGGGGGUCAUGCACUAUCUCAUCCGUGUAGAACCAUUCACCACCCUCCAUAUCCAGCUUCAGAGUGGAAGGUUUGACUGUGCAGAUAGACAGUUCCAUUCCAUCCCGGCUACCUGGCAAGCUCUUAUGGAUAAUCCAUAUGAUGUGAAAGAACUUAUUCCUGAAUUCUUUUAUUUCCCCGAGUUUUUGGAAAAUCAAAAUGAAUUUAACUUGGGUCAUCUGCAAGUUUCCAAAGAAGUAGUAAAUGACGUCAUUCUCCCGAAAUGGGCUAAGUCAGCUGAAGACUUCAUCUAUAAGCAUAGGAAAGCUCUGGAGUCUGAAUAUGUUUCUGCUCAUCUUCAUGAAUGGAUAGAUCUGAUUUUUGGCUAUAAACAGAGGGGGCCAGCUGCAGUGGAGGCGCUCAAUGUUUUCUAUUAUUGUAGUUAUGAAGGAGCUGUGGAUCUAGAUGCCUUAACAGAUGAGAAGGAAAGAAAAGCUUUAGAAGGGAUGAUUAAUAAUUUUGGGCAAACACCUUGUCAGCUAUUAAAGGAACCACACCCUCCUAGAUUAUCAGCAGAGGAAGCAGUGCAGAAGCAGACCAAAACAGACACUUCAACCCUAAACCUAUUUCAACAUCUCCCUGAACUCAAGUCAUUUUUUAUAGAGGGAAUCAGUGAUGGUAUUCCACUGUUAAAGGCCAUUGUCCCCAAAAAUCAGUCUCGUUCUUUUAUGUCUCAAGGCAGCCCUGAGUUACUGAUAACAGUAAGCAUGAAUUAUGUUAUUGGAACUCAUGGAUGGCUGCCUUAUGACAGAAACAUUUCUAAUUACUUUACAUUCAUCAAGGAUCAAACUGUGACAAAUCCAAAAACUCAGCGUAGUAUGAAUGGUCCUUUUGCUCCAGGGCUGGAAGUUACCUCUAAGCUAUUUGUAGUAUCACAUGAUGCAAAGUUGCUCUUCAGUGCUGGACAUUGGGAUAAUAGCAUUCAAGUAAUGUCACUUACAAAAGGCAAAAUUAUCUCACACAAUAUCAGACAUAUGGAUAUUGUGACUUGCUUAGCUACAGAUUACUGUGGAAUGCAUUUGAUUUCUGGUUCCAGAGAUACUACAUGUAUGAUAUGGCAAAUAACACAACAGGGAGGUGUUCCUCUGGGCUUAGCCUCUAAACCUUUUCAGAUUCUUUAUGGACACACGGAUGAGGUAUUGAGCGUCGGCAUCAGCACUGAGCUAGACGUAGCAGUGUCAGGAUCAAGGGAUGGAACUGUGAUUAUACAUACCAUUCAGAAAGGUCAGUACAUGAGGACCUUACGACCACCUUGUGAGAGUUCUCUCUUCCUGGCCAUUCCCAAUUUGGCUAUAUCUUGGGAAGGACAUAUUGUCAUCUACUCCAGCAUUGAAGAAAAGACUACCCUCAAGGAUAAGAAUGCAUUACAUCUGUUUUCUAUAAAUGGCAAGUAUCUAGGGUCUCAAGUCCUGAAGGAACAAAUAUCAGAUAUGUGUAUAAUUGGAGAACACAUUGUCACAGGCAGCUUACAAGGAUUCCUGUCUAUAAGAGAUCUCCACAGUUUGAAUCUCAGCGUCAGCCCAUUAGCCAUGCGACUGCCUAUCCACUGUGUGUGUGUAACCAAAGAAUACAGCCAUAUUCUUGUAGGUUUAGAAGAUGGCAAAUUGAUUGUAGUGGGUGUUGGCAAGCCAGCUGAGAUGCGUUCAGGUCAGCUUUCUCGAAAAUUGUGGGGAUCUAGCAAGCGGCUCAGCCAGAUUUCAGCUGGAGAAACUGAAUACAAUACUCAAGAUUUCAAGUGAUUGUUAUUUCCAUCUUCUGUCAUGGAUAACUGAAACUUGAUUUAUUGCUUUGUCACUUUUUAAACAUAUCUCUCAACUCUCUGAAUUGUUGCAAGGAUUUAUCCCUGAAAAUCUUUUAGGAAUUACCACAAUUUGGUAGGGUAUAUAUAUAUAUACCCUACCAAAUUGUGGUAAUAAAUA